AUGGCUUAAAAUAAUUAAAGAGAUAGUAAACCAAAUAACAAUAAAACAAACAAUCUGGGAAUUAAAAAUAAAAGUAAUGAAAUUACUCCUAAGUUUAAUUAAAAAAACCAUAAGAUGAAACAUAAACUUUAAGUUCAAGAUCUUAAUAAACUAAAGGAACUUAAUCUAAUACUAUUAUUAAAAGUUAUACUUUUAGUAGAUAAAUUUUUAUCUCAUCUACUGAUCGAAAAAUAGUUUCUCCAAUUCCUAAACCUCAAUGGAUUGAUUUUACGUAAAAACCUCAAUAUUUGGAUGCUCCUAUCAAACCAUAAAAUGUUAUCAAUAAUUUAAUCAAACUAAAAAUGGAAUAAUGUGUUGAAACUAUUGGAAAUUAAGAUAAAAGAUAAACUCUAAAUAGAUUAAGAUAAGGUGAAUCUGUAAAUGAAUUUCUUUCGAAAUAUCAAGAUUCCAAGCAUCAGCCUAGACAAUAAAUAUAUUAAAAUUUAAAUAUAACUAUCUCCUUUAUUCUAUAAAUUUGCUUUUUUGAUUAUGAUUCUUUAAAAAACUGAUAUGCUAGAAAUCUAAUUCAUAUCAUGA